AAAUUUUUCCAAGAGAUUCCAGUCUAAAAGACAAAUUCAUAAAACAUUUUACAGGGCCAGUCACAUUUUCAUCAGAGUGUAGCAAGCACUUUCACCGACUGUAUCACAACACAAGGGACUGCUCAACACCAGCCUAUUAUAAAAGGUGUGCAAGGUUGCUAACGAGAUUAGCAAUGAGCCCUUUGUGUACACAGUCCUAGGAUGUUUGCUAUACUUUCUACUAAGGAGAGAAUUCUGAUUUGCCAAGAAAGUGCCUUGAAAUCUUCCAAGACAGAGAAGACAUCUUUUACCUUUUUGAUUUACAACGUUUUGUUACUAGAUGCAUUUUAUUUUCAUAUAUUUGUUGGACAUUCCAUAUUUGUGUGAGACAUUAUUUUAUUUGAAUUUGUAAAUUUGUUGCCUAUAGUUCAGACAAGCCAAUUAUUUAAAUACAUUGUAUAUAAAGAAUACUAAUGAUAUACUGACUAAAUGUUAUAACCGUAUGCAGGGAGUUGGGAAAAUUUUGCUGUUUCUCUUGUUCCAUUGUAUUUACAUCAUUCUGCUCAGGCUCUUACUUUCAUUAUUUGCACUAACUUGAAAUGCAGAAGUCUAUGUAACUGAAAUCUGAAUAAGCUGUAAGUGGGGGAGUUUUACUUGCCAUGGAAGAUAUUUUUUAUUAUGAAGCUUUGUUAAUAUAUACAUAUAUAUUAUUGCGCAUCAGAAAAAAAGUUGCUCAGAAAUGCACCUUGCUUUCAGGAACAUUUGUAUGACUAUUCUGGAUUUUCAUCAGUUACAUUUGUACUGGCACUUAUGGAAAGAGUUGCAAAUAAUGUAAAUAUAAAGACUGGAAAACUGCAAUGCAGUUUUGGUGGAAUAAAGAAC